AUGCUUGAUAGGAAAUUCAAAGAAAAGUCAGUAAUGAAAAAUAGUGACAUCUCCGCCUAUUAUCAGCAACGCUACGCGCCCACCAUUCGGCAGCUUCACCAGCAGCAGCAGCAGCAACAGUUGCCAACACAGCAUAAAAAUCAUCAUUCGCAUCAACGUCAACAACGCCACAUAAACAACUAUCCGAUGGCGCCAAGUGUUUGUCAAAAUUCGCCAAAAUUAACUGCACCCUCUACGCAUGUAGCGACGGUGACCACGACCAUAGGCGGUGCUGUUGCUGGCGCUGAUGGUCCCGGUGUUACCACCAUCUCUGCACCAUCCAUCACGCAAAAGAGCAAUUGCGGUGGCAGCAGUAUUAACGGCUCCAUGGCUUCGUAUAAAAUGUCAAGUUCGGAGAAUAGCUGGUCGCAACCUGUUUUCAAUAAGGUGCGUAAGCAAUUCAAGGAUAUUUUAAGUUGUAUACAUAAGUUUCACUUUCCAUCAAUCCGCGCAUUCGUCGCCACCCCCUCGGACGGCAUAAGCCUGCUACUUGAAGUGCUGCGCGCCAUACAGCUAUCUCAAAGUAGCAAUACUCCGCUGGCGCCGAACCAAAUGACCGCCUCAAUGCCUCGAAAUCCGCAAUCCUAUCAACGGCGCGCAUUGCUUGAUGAAUUGGCUUGCCUUCAAUGCCUCAGCAUUUGCUGUUCACGCUCGCUGGACGCUACCGCCCGCUUGGGUACAACGCCGGUAGGCUUAAUGCCGCUGGCCUCCUCGGCGACAGGUCAGGGUAUACGCGCACGCAUUCUGGCCAUGCAACUAAUGGCUGCCGCUUGCGAUAAAACGGCGCUGGGACAUGGCUCACAAAAAUCAGUCACAGCCGGGCAUACAGCCGUUUCGGAAGCAAUGUCGACGCUACGAUUGCGCUGCAGUGAGCCAGUACGUUUUCGACUGUUGGUGGGCAUGCUGAAUAGUGGUGGUGGCUCGGGAGAAUUGCAGGCAGUGGGAGUCAGAUUCAUAAAUUCCUUCUUGGAGAGCUCUGAAAAUCUACAACAGCGUCUAUACCUGCAAGCGGAACUAUUUCAGGCCGGUUUUGAGCCUGGUUCCUUAGCUAAGACGAUUUCUCCGGCUUCACCUUGGCAUGAAAAUUUACGCAAUGAAAUGAAGCGCUUUCACGAGCUCUAUGUGGAUGUGGAUAAAAUGAUUACGCAGGCACGAGAAGCCGAUCGCGUACGCAGUCAGAUGGUCAUUUUGGAACGCCGAGUGCAGAUCCUUCACGAAGAGAAAGCCGUACUCACAUCCAUGGAACGGCGUCUGCAGGAGCGUUGCGCCGAAUUGCAACGCGAAAUCUUCCGUCUUCAAGGCGCACAGAAUGAGAACACCUUUAAGUCUUUGGACAAACAACCCGUUGCACUGCCUCGUCAUGUACCACCUGGCAAGAAUGAGAGUGAGCAUGAGGAUGAGGGUAUCAGCAGCUCGGAAACGGGUCCCUCACUAAGUCCCGUACCCAUUUUGGUGUUGCCACAGAAGUCAAGCGCCGCCGGUAAGCAACACCACAAAAACAAAUCCAAAUCACCAGAAAAUUCAACGGGCGAUAGUGGUGCUGCCACCGGUACUGCCACCACCAUUGAGGAUGCCAUGCAAGAGCUGGAUCAUGUAGUGAGCGAGGCAGAGAAACAGAUAUCUACACAACAGCGACAACAACACCAACUCAGGCAACAGCUGACUCAGUCCGUGACCGCCAAGGAGAAGGAUAUUGUACCGGUUAAUAUAGUGCCACAGCCGCCACGUAAAUCGCGUUCGCUUGCACAUCUCGUCUCGCAAGCAGAUGGCUCCGAGCUGGACGGCUCCGAGUAUGGCAUGUUAAUGCUACAAAAUCAUGGCGACGCUAUUGCUGUGGAACGCGUCACAGCAAUGCAAACUUUUUUCGACGAGGCUGACUAUGAGCCACACACCGACAUGGACAAGCCAUACAGCAUCGAAUCGCCGGAUAUACCGGAAGCGAACACCACUGCCACCGCGUACAAUGCGAGCACGACGCGCGAACUGCUGGAUGUUAUAAUGAAUGCGCGCCACAGUGACGAUGAUCCGACAAUGAAAGCGUUUCGCGAGGCAAGCAACAACCAGCAUCAACAUCAACCGCAUCCGCAUACACACCAACAUCAGCACUUGCAUCACCACCACAAUAACCAGCACGCUGGCAAUGGUGGAAAUGCCAACAACUGCGUUAGCAAGCGUCAAAGUAUGUCAGGGGCCGCGCCACCACCACCGCCACCCUUGGUAGCUAAGAAACCGCAAGCGCCAGCGCAACACUUCAAUGGCGUCUUCUUUAUGACUGGCAUGAAUACGCCACAAAAGUACCCUAAACCCGAUGUGACGGCCGCAUUGCAAGCGCGUCGCGUCACCAAAAAUGUGGAGCGUUUGGAAGCGGCCUUUGCUUCAUGCAGUCACGAGUCGCUGCUGGAAGGCGGCACGCCACCAACGGUAGCGGUGCAUCAGGUGGUGCGCGAGAAAUCGCGUAGCAAUCAGCAGAUAUAUUUUGGCAGCAAUCCGGCGAUGCGUUUAAGCAGCAGCAACAGCGGCGGCGGUGGCGGCAUCACUGGGAGUGGCGUCAACAAUGUGACAGUGUUGGUGCAGCAAAGCGCAUCGGCACAGGGGGCGCAGCCGACGAUUUGUAACGGUGCGGCGUUGGCGACGCGCACGCGCUCUUGCGCGCAUGGUUCAAAGGUGACCGAUACGCCAUCGGGAUUGUACUGAGCGAAGGGCGAUGAGGUGAAGUAGUAUUUUGAAAAAUUGUAGGCAUUUAUUUUGUGUUUAGCUAGAUGGAGUAGUCGUUGCUGUUGUAGCAUAUGUAUUUUUUAGUUCGUUGUACGAAUAGUAAAGGUUUUUAGUGUAGAGUGAUUGAUACUAUGUUAGUCUUUAAAACAAUUUAUGCUAUAGUAAUUAAACUUGUUCAAAAAUAUUUUUUUAAACAUGAAAAUAAUUACAAAAAACAAAUAAAAGUAUGUUUGGAAGAAAUAUUGUCUAAGUGAAAAUAAAUAUAUAUUUAGUCCGACUUAUGCAGCUUAAACGCCAAUUCAUCAAACUUUAAGCAGUUUUUAAAUAUUUUAUAAAACAAUAUUUCAUUAGAUGACUUUAUUAAAAAGUGCUAGAAUCGAAAGAAAGUUAGCACAAAGAGCAAAAAGUGUCUCUGGGCUUGGACUUAGGCUUGAUUUCUACAAGCAACUUAAAAAAUAUUAAGCAAAUUUUAAAUAAUUAGGAAAUUAGAAAAUUUAUUUUUAUAAAUACGAAAACAGAUUUCACCGUGCGAUAGUCGAUUUUACACAAAUUUUUUCUCUCUGACGUCAGGACUUUUUUAAGGGACUGCGAAGAAAAAAUCAAA